GAAUCAGUCUGCGGGUUUGUUUUGGUCCGUUCGCACGUGCAUAUACCACUGCAGCCAGCCAUUUAGUAUUUAUUUAGUAGGUAUAAACUGUCCUCGGUCGAUGAUCAUAGUGUGUGAAUGAAUGAAUGAAAUAAUGCAACAUGAACGUGGUGCUGUUUGUAGUUGUAAGACGAUCGUCCCCGUAGGUGUGCAACGAAAUUAAACAACCAAGAAGUGGUGAUCUUCCGCUCGAGUCUCCGAUUCAAAUUAUGUUUUUCGGGAUUUGCUUGCGUUUAAGUAGUUUGAACUUGUGGCUGGUGGAACUGUUGCGAUAGAGCUCAAAGAAUUUGCUGAAGAUAUCGACAGAAAUCGGGAAAAGUGUUGGGAACUCACAGGAAAAUAAGAUCGCCCGUCGAUCAAGUAACCAAACACGCCCAAAAAAAUUGAUCAAUUGGAUUGCAGAAGCCAAGGAUAACCAGAUUCUCAAGCAACCAUGAAUCGACUACUAAUAGGAGCCGUAAUUUGUGUAGCAGCGUUUAGAACAGCGCUAGGGAUCCUAUGCUAUCAGUGCUCAUCAGCCCACUCGAUGUACUGUUCCGAUAUGUUGGUGGCGGACGAGGCGUCCCCCUUCAAGCCGGAACCGUGCGACAACGUGUUCGAGGCGGAGUACUGCGUCAAAUCGACGGCCAUGCACGGUGGCAUCGGAGCCAAGCGGUACUGUUCUUCCCGCGACCUGGGCAACUACUGCAACUAUGUGCGUAAUCCGGGCGACCAAAUUGAGUACCGGUCGUGUAUCUUCACCUGCAACACCGACGGCUGCAACGGUGGAUCCCAUCUCUUUGGCUUCCAGCAGACUUUCCUCGGCGUUCUGCUAGCUUCGGUCGCAUUUGCGGUAAGACUUGCGCGGCAAUAGAAUGACCCAAAGCCUCGUCGCCAUAUUUGAAAUCAGGUUGCAUUUCUCGAUGGCAUCUCGCGCGGGUAAAUUUGGGUAAUUUUUCCAUCGCUAAAUGUGUAUAAUAAGUAAGUGUGUAUUGUUAGGUUGAACGAAGCAUUCCGUCUUGAUUUUGGUCGAUUCCAUAAUUCCGUCCUCAAUUUAGUUGCUAUUAGACGAAGAGUCUCCUUUAUACAUCGAGAUAUAGUUUUCAGUUGUAAGGCCGUAGACAAUAAAUUUCGAAACAUUAAAGCAAGGAUUUCUUUUGAUUCUACCGAAGAGAUAAUUCACCUCACCAGUAUUGCUAAGGUAAUGAUAUUUCGUGUAUGUGUAAUUCGUCUUUCAUUUUGCUUCGCACUUGAAGUUGACCACGACAGUAAUAAGCGACUUACGGUAAGGAGUAAAAGUGGUACUUAUUAUCCACCCUGUAGAUAUUUACGCGAAAAGAAACGAAGGUGACGAACGUUUCAUAAACAUAUACGAUGCACAGUAUCCGAACAGAACAAUAGCAACUGCGAAUUCCAGUUUGGGUGCAACAGCUUUUUGUCAAGUCAAGUUGCACUAUACAGCAGGGGACACCAAUCCGAGUCUCAAAACACAACUAAAUACGCGGCUUCUCCAUGUUAGGCACAGUUGAAGUCAGCUGCGAAGAGCUGAUUCCCUUUGAAGACGCGCCCUUUUCGCAAUUAGAGCUGGUUUUCUUAAGGCAAAAACAAUUAUGCAUAGCAACCCUAGUCCUAAUCUCCUUUUGUAUCUUAUUUGUCUCGGUAGGAAUGAUAAAAACGGACAAAGGUAGACCUUCCAUCGUAACGCACCUUUGAUAGGUGAUCUAGCUGCGUUACGAAUCGUUCUGUCUUCGUCUUUUUCGCAUUUCAAGCUUAUUGCAUGUCGCAUUAUUAGCUUAUUGCGUGCUCUGAACUUAGUGUUCUAGAUGCACUUCCACAGUUAUUAAUUGAGAGCUUUCGAUGCCUGUGCCAUUUUUGCAUUAGUAUAAUUGUGUGGCAAGUACAAUCAUACUCUAAUUAUGCCCAGGUCGACAAAUUUCCCAGCUCGAAAAAUUUCUAGACCGGACCGGGAAUCGAACCCAGCCACCUCCAGCAUGGUCUUGCUUUGUAGCUGCGCCUUUUACCGACUGAGCUAAGUGAGGCCCCACGAGUCGUUCUGUACGAUUGCUGUAGUUCCGGAAGUGCUUGUGGCUCUUGUGGUCCUUGAUUUUCCAGGUUUUCUACGGGAGUUUUUGUAUGCUCCUGGAAUUACCAGGAGUUCUAAGAGUUGCUGAACAUCUGGAAUCUGACAAUUUCUUAACUCUUUCCCGCCCAUGGUUACUCUGGAGCACCAUGCUUUUUUUUUGAAAUUACAACCGAUUUUUGUAAAAAUAGUAUAGCAUAGUCUAGUAGUUCUUCAAUAAUCGGAAGAAACUAGAGCAGACAUGUCUCAAGAAAUACUGGAUUUUAAAAUUGAUUAUGCCAAACCACUCUGGCCGAGAGAGGGUUGAGGUUCCCCACAGUUCUAAGGUUUGCCGGAGAUCGAGAAGUUGCUGGAGUGUUUUGAAAGCUCUCAAAGUUCUCAGAAAUGCAACGAAUUGCUACAAUCCCAGAAGACCCUACACACUUCGAUUAUGUUUACCAAACUGUCAACAGCUCGGUGAAACUUUUAAACUCAAUUUAAAGUCUAUGUUAAACAAAAGUUAUGUUCCAAGGAUUGCUGCAGUACAAGAGUUCUAUCGGUUCUUUAUGUCCCGCAAGUUCUAUACAUCUUUAAGAUGUGGAAUUACGUUCUAAUGUUUGCUAGAGUUUCAAAAGUCUCUGAAAGUUCAUAGAGCUUUGAAGUAUAUUCAGUUUCCAAGGAUCUGCUCGAGUUCCGGAGGUCCCUGGAGUUCUGAGAGUUCAUGAAGUGUCUAAUGUUCCAGCAGUUCUAUAGGAAGUUUUGAAAUUUGGCAGAAUACCAGAGUUUCUGGGAUCUCUAAUGGUUGUUGAAAUUGCUGAAGCUCCUGAAAUGUUAAGAGUUCUCGCACUUUGUGUAGUUUUGAAAUAUCAGAAUUUCUUGAAGUUCCUAAGAGUUCUGAGGGUGGUUGGAGAUCGAAAAAUUUAUGUAAUUCUGCAAGUCGCUGGAUGUUUUGAAAACACUCAAAGUUCUCAGGAGUUGUAAGGAUCGGUGAAGUUCC